GAGGGGCGCAGGGCGAACGCUGGACGCGACUGCUGAAUUGCAGAAUGUGACUGACUUGAGCUGCACAGGACUCUUCCACACGUGUGCUUUGAGAGGCAACAUUUAAAGGAGACAGGUGUGGUUCGGCAGCCUCAAAGGUGGUGGUCAGGCGAAGGGAGCCAGGAGGCUGCGCCUGGAACCUAAGUUGACCCGGAGCUGUGGUAAAAAUGCCGCGGCUGGGCGCUGCCGUAGAGGUCGCUGACUUGGUGCCCCGGAGGCUGGGACCUGGGGUGGGCAGAGGAGCACAGGUUUAUGACUGACUGGCGGACAAGACCCGGAGGCGCAGCCGGGCCAGCAGGCGCGGGGGGCGGGGGUGGGGGGUACUGCUGGUCGCCGCGCCACGCCAGGGUCCCGCGUUCGCCCACUCGGCGGGGGCGCGGGACUUAGUUCCAGCCGCGCUGUGCAAGCCCCGGGGGUGUGCGGCAGAAGCAGACCAGCCGCGGUCACCGCGGAUCAGCGCCGAGAAGCCCUGCGGGGGAGCCGGAUCCGGAUCCCGUCCCGCCCUUGUGGCGAGCAGCGCCGGGAGCGCGUCCGCCAGGCUGGGAAGGCAGCGGCCGGCGCGUGCACGGCGGCUCCGGCCGGGCGGUGCAGGCAUGGAUGGGAAGAAAUGCAGUGUCUGGAUGUUUCUACCUCUUGUAUUCACUUUGUUCACUUCGGCUGGGCUGUGGAUAGUAUACUUUAUAGCCGUGGAAGACGACAAAAUUUUACCAUUAAAUUCAGCUGAAAGGAAACCUGGCGUGAAGCGUGCACCUUAUAUAAGCAUUGCAGGUGACGAUCCUCCUGCCAGCUGUGUGUUCAGUCAGGUCAUGAACAUGGCAGCAUUCCUAGCGCUGGUGGUAGCUGUUCUGCGCUUCAUACAACUGAAACCAAAGGUCUCCAACCCGUGGCUGAAUGUCAGCGGGCUGGUAGCGCUGUGCCUGGCUUCCUUUGGAAUGACCUUACUCGGUAACUUUCAGCUCGCAAAUGAUGAAGAAAUCCACAACGUGGGAACGUCCUUGACCUUCGGGUUUGGCACGUUGACCUGCUGGAUCCAGGCUGCCCUGACACUCAAAGUCAACAUCAAGAACGAAGGACGGAAAGUGGGAAUCCCACGGGUGAUUCUGUCCGCAUCCAUCACUCUCUGUGUCGUCCUCUACUUCAUCCUCAUGGCCCAGGACAUCCACAUGUAUGCAGCCCGGGUGCAGUGGGGCCUGGUCAUGUGCUUCCUGUCAUACUUUGGCACCUUCGCCGUGGAGUUCCGCCACUACCGCUACGAGAUUGUGUGUUCCGAGUACCAGGAGAAUUUCCUAAGCUUCUCUGAAAGUCUGUCUGAAGCUUCCGAAUAUCAGACCGACCAAGUGUAGCCCAUCAGUCUGUCCUUGCUGGUGAGGUGGGUGUGGAGGCCAGGGAGGGGCAGGAGGGCACACUCACAGGAAGUGACACAUAGCCUCAUGACACACUCCGCACACGCACACGUACACGUUCACGGCCUUGUUUGCCAAAUGAGCUUUGUAGGGCGAGUUGUUUCUUUAAUGAAAAGCACAAGCCCUUGUGUGUCCAAAUACAUGCUGUUACACUGAAAAAAAAUAUGCACGACAGAGCCAGAAGCUUGUGCAUGGUCUCCUCUGUCUCCUGCCCACCCCAGGACGCCUCACUCCUCCCACGCUCUUCCCGUGUCUCACGGUAACCUCCCUCCCCUGGAGAAGGCAGGCCAGAUGUGACAUGGGGUGGUGCCAACUCCCUAAGUUGCCUUCAGGUCCAAAGGGCUUGGAAUGAACACGUGAGGAAGCUGUGACAGUCCCUGAUUGGAUAAUCGGUGCCAUCUGCCUGGAUGGAUGCUGGACGGAGAGGUGACCCCAAACGCUCCACAAGAAGGCACGGACAGAGCUGCCCCAUGAACGCUGUCUUCAUCACUCAAUGGUCAGCUCUGUGGCCCCCGUGAAAGGGACCUGCGGCAGCGUGUGCAAGGGAAGAUGCAGCCGCGGCGGACACUUGAAUCACUGUGCCUGAGAAAGACCUGCAGAUGUGAACGUGCAUAGGGACACGGUCUGCCUGGCCUGGCAGGAGACUCGGGCAGAGAGAGGGGUUUAAUUUUUGCUUCCAUAGUAAGUCAUGUACAGUUUUUGUUUUAUAGUUCAUGGUUUACCUUUUUUAAAAAAACAAGAGUAACUCUCAUGGGUCUCUCUAGAUCUCAUGGAUAAAGAAGAGACGAGACCAAAGGCAAGAACUGAGCUUGCUUUGGGUUAAAACAUGAAAAAGAAAGAAAAAAGAGUUACGUGCAGGUUUGAUGUUUGAAACUAAGAAAACAUUCACAGAGAAAUGUGAAGAAAUCGGAACCUAUGGGUAGAGAAAGCUCCUGCUGGAUACUUAACACAGAUAGGAAUUUAGGGCUGGGGUGCUGCUGGUGUCUGCCUAGCACGUGUGAGGCCCAGGUUCCGCCCUCAGCACACACACGCACGUUUAGGAGCAUCCCAAGUGAAACCUGGGGAGACUUUCUUCACAUGUAGCUGUCGCUUCAAUCUGAUAGUGCUGGGACUAAGGCCUUUUCACACUUGGAAUUUACAAAUUAAAAGAUUAUCUUCCUGCCAGACGACAUUGGUGAGACUGGACCCAACGCCCCAGGAGCAGUCCUCACCCACAGAGUUCAAAAUUGCAGCCGUAGGGCCAAGUGUUCCAGGCUAUGCAUCACAGAACCAGAGCCCCAUGUCCCACAGGUGUCACUGUGGGCCAAGUGACAGGCCCCCCCAAGUGCACCAUUUCAAGAAAUCCCUAAACAUGCUCCUAGGGCCUGGGACUGCAUGGACUGUAAUGUGGAAAACAUUGUUUUUUAAAUUCAUCCCAGAGCCGGCACUUCCUGAGGGGGUCGAUGUGUCCUCAUCCCCCCUUCUCCCUAGCACGGUGCCUGGCGCAUUUUAGGUGCUCAAUACUAUGUCUGUUGAGAAUUACUGAUCAUUUCCGAGUGUGGCCAGAAGUAUCUGAGAGACUGAAAGGUGAGUGAGGACCUGACAGUUUUCCACACGACACAUCAAAGGCAGAAGUCUCGGACAAGGGUCAGAGGGGACAGCGCCGACCUGUGAGGCGCAAGGAAAACAGGAAGAGACCCGCGCAGAGAACACUCACCUGGUGAAAGGCACCUCGCUGUAAAUAGUCCACGGUGACAUUUAUUAGUUUGAAUACUGCUUUUGGGUUUUUUUUUUUUUUUUUUCAUUUUUGUAUUUUAAAAAUUUUAUCAGAGAACAAAGAUGUAAGGAGUUUUAUUUUACACAAUAGAAAUUAAGCCGCUUUGGUGAUGCACUUGUACACUUUCUUAAGAAUUGAUUGAACAGCACAUUUUAGCAGAAUCAAGCAAUGGCUAACAUUAUCCAUUGGGGUCUGGCCAGUGAAUAAAACUCUUUUAUGCAGAA